UCCACAAUCAGUCAAUACAAGUACAGGGGUCUAGUUGUCUCUUUCACUGGAUUCGCCAAUCUAGGGUUUGCAAUCCCCCAGGACAACGAACUUCAAGUCCCCCACACACACCCAUCAAAAAAAUGGCUUCUUUUCUCUCUUUAGCUUCAGGACCUAACCUGGUUCUCUCUCCUUUUCCCGGGAGAAGCACAACUCCAAGCCCUUUUCUGCAGCAACCCCUAUUUUCCUCUUCAUCAAGUCAGCGCCCUUUCCUGCGCGGCAAUCUUUCCGUGGUUCGUCUCGGGUUGGGGCAGGUUCAAUUUCCGGAUGAAGGUCUAGUUCGUGGUGUGUUGGAAAGGGCAGAAGGUUUCCUAUUUACUAUUGCUGACGCCGCCGUCUCUUCCUCGCCUCAGACGCUGACAGAUUCUGCCGCUAAACAGAGCAAUGAUUGGCUAUCUGGGAUUACAUAUUACAUGGAAAAUGUCCUUAAGGUGCUAAAGGAUGGGUUAUCUGGGUUACACGUUCCGUAUGCUUACGGUUUCGCAAUCAUUCUCCUUACGGUUCUUGUUAAAGCUGCAACAUUUCCUUUGACAAAGAAACAGGUAGAAUCAGGUAUGGCAAUGCGAUCUCUACAACCUCAAAUAAAGGCCAUUCAGCAACGGUACGCUGGAGACCAGGAGAAAAUUCAGCUUGAGACUGCUCGGUUGUAUAAACUAGCCGGCAUAAAUCCGCUAGCAGGAUGCUUGCCAACUCUUGCCACUAUUCCUGUUUGGAUUGGGCUAUAUAGAGCCCUCUCAAAUGUUGCAGAUGAGGGACUCCUGACAGAGGGCUUUUUCUGGAUUCCUUCAUUGGCUGGUCCUACUACCAUUGCAGCUCGACAGAGUGGGAGCGGCAUCUCCUGGCUUUUCCCUUUUGUAGAUGGACAUCCUCCACUUGGAUGGUCAGAUACUUGCACAUAUCUUGUCCUGCCUCUUCUGCUCAUUGUCUCUCAAUACAUUUCUGUUCAAAUCAUGCAGUCCUCCUCCUCGCAGAAUAAUGACCCAAACAUGAAGAGUUCACAAGCCCUUACCAACUUUCUUCCCCUAAUGAUUGGUUAUUUUGCUCUUUCAGUUCCUUCUGGAUUAAGCCUUUAUUGGCUGACAAAUAACAUUUUGAGUACAGCGCAACAGGUGUGGCUUCAAAAAUUAGGUGGUGCAAAGAAUUCAGCUGUUCUAGUCAGCGAUAGUUUCAUCAAGGAAGAGCCAUCUCAGUCUGUACUUGAAGAAGCAGCAACCACGGUCAAAAAGGAGAAUCGCGAAGAGACGUUGAUAACAAAUAGGCGUGGUGGGGGUCCUGGGGAAAGAUUUAAACAACUGAAGGAACAAGAAGCAAGGAGGAAAAAACAGAGGGAGGAAGAAAAGAGGAAAGCAGACGAAGAAGCAGCAACACAAACAAGGAAUGAUCAGGAAAUCGGAUCACUUAAGAGGAGGAUGGAAGGUGGAAGUGAAUGUGAAUGUGAAUGUGAUUCCGAGAAUGGAACUAGUGAUUCAGCUAAUGGUUUCGGAGGCGGCGGCAGCAGCUCUUCCACAUUGGAAACUAAUAAUAAUAAUAAUAGUAAUAGUAAUAGAGUGAUUGGCAAUUUUUCUGCUGAUGGUCAUAACUGUCAACAACGUCUUGGUGAGAAGGAGGAAGAAGUUGUUGGUGCUGUAGACCAUGAUGAGAGUUCUGGUGAAAGAACAAGUAACAAGGAGGAGGAGGAGGGAAGUAGUCAAUGAUGAUACUCUUGGCUUAACUAUUUUUUUUUAUAAGAAGAAGAAGAAGGUUCACUGACUCACUCACCCAUGUAUGCUGCUGCUGCUGCUGCUGCUGCUGCUAUGAUCAUAAUAAUUAGCCUGGCUCCCCACCCAAGUCUCUAGAUUAGUCAUUAGAUGCAUGCAUCUCCAAGGAAAGUAGGCACGUCCAUGGCAACUCAAAAGGUUGAGAAUAAUAGUCUCUUUUUCUUAUAGGCAGAUAGAUAGACUGUAUAAGCAAAGCAUAUCAUAGCAUAGCAUAUAUGAGCAUAUUGAAGAAAAAUCAAAGGGGGGUAGUAGGGGGUAUGUAAAAAGUGAGACCAUUUUAUUUUUUAUAUUUUUGUUUUGUUUUGCUUUGAAAAGGAUAUAGAUAUAUUAUUAUAAUUAGAAAAUGAAACUAGCAGCAGCAGUAUUGUGUGU